CCAGAACUCAUUCAACAAACGCGAAUGCAAAGCAGCAUGCAGAUGAUUAUAUGAUCACUAUAGCAAUUAUUGCUUUACAUGAUAUAACAAUCAUGGCUACACUCUGUCGUUAGCUUCGGUUGAGCAAUUUAUCUCGCUUUUGACAGGACUACCCUCAUGGACUACAAACACUAACCGGAAGUAGACAAACGUAGUGUUUUCUGUGCAGAACAGUAGAGAUGAGACUUGCUCUUCGCUCCUUUUGCCUCCUCAGGAGUUUGUUCUCUCAAAGGCAAACAACAAACCCCCAGAGACGGCGAGGCUUGAGCGGUGCAGCGAUGCGUCUGGUGCAGUUUCAUCGCCAUGGCGACGGAGGAGGCAUCAGAGUGGGAGUGGAGCAAGAGGAGGGGCUCGGCGUGGUGGAUCUGAAGGCGUUUGACCCCUCCAUGCCCUCGACCAUGAGAGAGCUGCUGGAGCUGGGAGACAGGGGUCUAGAGUGUGCACAGAGAGCCUUGUCGUCCGGUCAGUGUGUGCUGGAGCGAUCGGACAUCCAGCUGCUGUCUCCUGUGUUGGCCCCGGAGAAGGUGGUGUGUGUGGGUAUGAACUACCGGGACCACUGCCUGGAGCAGAACGCCCCGAUCCCCAAAGAACCGAUCAUCUUCAGCAAAUUCCCCAGCGCCAUCACCGGGCCGUAUGAUGACAUCCUUCUGCCCUCAGAGAGCCAGGAGGUGGACUGGGAGGUGGAGCUGGCCUUUGUGAUCGGACGAAGAGGAAAACACAUCAAGGAGGAAGACGCGCUCGCCUAUGUGGCCGGAUUCACGGUGGCCAAUGACGUCAGUGCACGUGACUGGCAGAUGAAGCGCAACGGGAAGCAGUGGCUCCUGGGAAAAACGUUUGACAGCUUCUGUCCUCUCGGUCCUGCGUUAGUAACCACCGACGCUGUGAAAGAUCCUCACAACCUGGGUGUCCGCUGCCUGGUUAAUGGAGACACAGUCCAGAGCAGCAACACUGAUCAGAUGAUCUUCAAGACAGAAGCGCUGGUCGCCUGGGUCUCAAAGUUUGUGACACUGACUCCAGGAGAUGUGUUCCUGACAGGCACUCCUCCAGGUGUGGGUGUGUUCAGAAAGCCACCCGUCUUUCUCAAGAAAGGUGACAUGGUGGAGUGCCAGAUAGACCAAUUAGGCUCUAUAAUCAACAAAGUGGUCUAAACCCUGCGACGAAACUGAAAACACCAACAGUCCAUGAAGGAAUGUCAGCUGUUAAAUAAACGGCACAUCUGAUCGACUGCUUCACACAA